AAGGGGAAAUGGUACAGAUACAAGUAACAGAAGCAGAGUUUUAAAGAGAGAAAGUGAGUUUUUUUUAAGAGAGAUAAAGUGAGUUGAAGUGUCGAUUCAAGGCCAGUGAUAUCAACGCCAUUAUCUUCGCUCCUUCAAUCCAUUUCUGUUGCUCUGUUGCUGUAUUUUUUUAGGGUUUUUGCUCAGUCAAUUCGGCGAUCGAUUCGAUAUUGUUCGUAAAAUCCGCCGCAGGUCAUGAAAGAAGACUCUGUCCUGAGUUUAUUGACUGUAAUUCAGGACGGUUGAAUCAGCAAUCAGUCACUGGUUAUGGAGACUAGGGAACGGAUUUCUAAGAAGGUCUUCCCAAAUGGAGAUGUCUAUCUUGGUAAAAUCAAGGGCAUGCUUCCAGAUGGAGAGGGUAAAUAUACAUGGUCAGAUGGAACAAUUUAUGAGGGUGACUGGGAAGAAGGAAAAAUGACUGGGAAAGGACAGAUAUUUUGGUCAACAGGAGCAACAUAUGUGGGUGAUUUAUCAGGAGGCUACUUUCAUGGUUUGGGAACCUUCAACGGUUCUGAUGGGUCUGUAUACAGUGGCUCCUGGAGGAUGAACAUUCAGCAUGGUCUGGGAAGAAAGCAGUAUCAGAAUUCUGAUAUUUAUGAUGGUUUGUGGAAAGAGGGAGUGCAUGAAGGCAGUGGUAGGUAUACUUGGAGUAAUGGAAACAUGUAUAUUGGGAAUUGGAAAGCGGGGAAAAUGUGUGGUAGAGGAGUUAUGAAAUGGACGAAUGGCGAUCUAUUCGAUGGUUUUUGGGAUAAUGGAUUAAGAUGUGGAUCAGGCUUUUACAGGUUUGCAGAUGGAUGUUAUUAUUUUGGGACAUGGACUAAGGGGCUAAAGGAUGGACAAGGAACGUUUUAUCCUACUGGAAGUAAACAUUUAUCUCUGUCAAUGAGAUUCAACAUUGGCAGAAAUGAAAACAAGAGUAAAGGGGUGCUGUCUCAUAGUUCCUCACUGAAUUCAGAGGUGUCUGUCAGACCUAGCUUUCGCCGUAGUAUUUCUGAGAGGAUCUCUAUUAAUGGAUUCUUAAGAGGUUUAGGUCGAAUAUUGCAUAUGACUACAUCCCUAGACGAAGAUUGGAGCCUCUGUGAUUCCACUCGAGAGAUUUCAUCUUGCGACACUCCAUGCAUGUUAUCUCACACGUCAGAUGAUGGUCAACAUGAGAUGCAGGAUAAUAGUGUUGUAGCCUAUGAAAGGGAAUAUAUACAAGGAGUUUUGGUCAAAGAGAAGAUUAUUAAUAUUACCAGACUAUCACACAAAAGUAAACAAUUGAGUAAGUUUCAUGCAAAAGAAGUAAAACAAAGGUCUUUCAGGCACAGUUUUAAAGUUCAAAAGAGCUACUACCUAAUGCUUAAUCUGCAAAUUGGUAUCAGGUACAAUGUUGGCAAGAUCACACCAGUUCCUAUGCGUGAAGUGAGAUCUUCUGAUUUUGGAGACCAAGCUAGAAUAAGAAUGUAUUUUCCUAGAAAAGGUUCCCGGUUUACACCUUCACAUCAUUCUAUAAAUUUUUAUUGGAAGGACUACUGUCCCAUGGUCUUCAGGUAUUUAGUAAUCUCGUGACUGGUACACAUGGGUAUAAGCGGUGGUCUAGGAUUUUGUUUUCUAUUAUGUGUAAAUUGAUGAAAGUUUGAUAUUUGAGUUGGAUCAAGCCUACUUCAGAAACAUAUGUUGUGUUUUACUGAUCGUUCAAAUUCAG